AUGCCAAAAGCACUAGACAACACUGAAAGCAGUUCUGAGAUCAAUCAUGUAAGGCUGCUAGAAGAGGACAAAAAAGGGGCUGUGAAAGUUGACUUGUUAGCUUCCAGUUAUGUGGAGAUUCACUAUGAAGAUGGAAAACCAAAGUUUUCUAAGGGUGGAGAGCAUUGUUACUACCAUGGAAAUAUCAGAGGUAUCAAGGAUUCCAGAGUUGCCCUUUCAACUUGUAAUGGACUUCAUGGCAUGUUUGAAGAUAAUACUUAUUUGUACUUGAUAGAACCAGUGGAUCUGACACACAGUGCAGAAAGUAAAAGUAGGCCACAUAUCAUCCGAAGAACUUACGGAACACAAACCUCCAAGCAGUUGCAGGAACUUGAGACUGAAUCUAGUUCUGAAUGGCCCUUUCUGUCUGAACUACAGUGGCUGAGGAGAAAGAGAAGAAAGAGAGCAGUAUCUCGUGGUAUCUUUGAAGAAAUAAAAUAUCUAGAACUUAUGAUAGUCAAUGACCAUAAAAUGUUCAAAAAGCACCGUUCUUCAAAUACAUACACAAACAAUUUUGCAAAGUCUGUGGUAAACGUCGUAGAUGCUAUAUACAAGGAACAGCUAAACACCAGAGUGGUUCUUGUGGCUGUGGAAACUUGGACAGAGAGAGAUCUUAUUAAUAUUCACCCUGACCCUCUGCAGAUGCUUCACGAUUUCUCCAAAUAUCGACAGCACUACAUCAAACAGCAUGCUGAUGCUGUGCACCUGCUCUCGAAUGUGACAUUUCAUUACAAAAGGAGCAGCUUAAGUUACUUCGGAGGGGUUUGCUCUGUGACCAGAGGAGUAGGAGUGAAUGAGUAUGGCCUCCCUUUAGCCAUGGCACAGGAACUAGCACAAAGUCUUGCUCAGAACCUUGGAAUACAAUGGGAGCCAGCUGCCAGGAAACCGAAAUGUGACUGCACUGAAUCCUGGGGUGGUUGCAUCAUGGAGGAAACGGGAGUAUACCAUUCCAGGAAAUUCUCCAAAUGCAGCAUUGCAGAAUACAAAGAAUUUUUACUUCGUGGAGGAGGUGCCUGUCUUUUCAACAGGCCAACAAAGCUCUUUGAAACCACCGAGUGUGGAAAUGGAUAUGUAGAAGCAGGAGAAGAAUGUGAUUGUGAUUUCCGAAUGGAAUGUUAUGCAGACUGUUGUAAGAAGUGCUCUCUUUCUAAUGGAGCUCAUUGUAGUGAUGGACCCUGCUGUAAUACAUCAUGUCUUUUUUUCCCACGAGGCUAUGACUGUCGAUAUGCAGUGAAUGAAUGUGAUAUUGCAGAGUUCUGCACUGGAGAUUCUGGCCAGUGUCCACCAAAUCUUCAUAAACAAGAUGGGUAUGCCUGUGAUUCUAAUCAGGGUCGUUGCUAUAAUGGUGAAUGCAAGACAAGAGAUAAUCAGUGCAAAUAUAUCUGGGGAUCUAAGUCUUCGGGAUCUGACAAAUUUUGUUAUGAAAAGCUUAAUACAGAAGGCACAAAAAAAGGAAACUGCGGAAAGGAUGGAGACCGAUGGAUUCAGUGUAGCAAACAUGAUGUUUUCUGUGGCUUUUUGCUCUGUACUAAUCUUACUAGAGUUCCACGAGUUGGUCAAGUUCAAGGAGAAAUUAUCCCAAAUUCUUUUUAUCAUCAAGGACGAAUAGUGGACUGCAGUGGUGCUCAUGUUCUUUUAGAUGAUGAUACAGACCUAGGUUAUGUGGAGGAUGGAGCUCCAUGCGGACCUCACAUGAUGUGUCUGGACAAAAAGUGCCUGCCAAUUCAGUCCUUGAACAUCAGCAGCUGUCCCAUUGGUUCUAAUGGAAAAGUCUGUUCUGGUCAUGGGGUUUGUAGUAAUGAAGCCACUUGUAUUUGUAAUUUCUCCUGGGCUGGGACAGACUGCAGUAUUGAUGAUCCUAUCAGAGAUACGGGUAGCAAGAAGGAUGAAGGACCCAAGGGUCCUAGUGCCACCAAUCUUAUAAUAGGCUCCAUCGCUGGUGCCAUCCUGGUAGCAGCUAUUGUCCUUGGGGGGACAGGAUGGGGCUUUAAGUAA